AUGGCGUUGAGUGAAGUGCGUACACCAAUGAGGAAAUUAUUCCCCGAUGUUGACAGUUCUCCAUCAACAACACAACUCUCCAUGGAAGAGUUACUCGACAGAAUAUGCAAACUCCAAAUCUCCAAGUUCCGAGAGAAAUACCAAUUCGACUUGGAGAAAAUGCAACCUUGUGGUGGUGAAAGUGAGGAGUUGCAGACAAACACAGAGGGACAUAAACUGCGUCACUGUUGGAGUUGGGAAUCAGUUGAUGCCGCAUGUGUUCCAGCCUUCUACCAUCCUUGUAUCGCACGUUCGAGGAAGCUUGUUAGAAAUGUGUCUCCUGUCUCCAUGCCCACACUAAAAACUCAUCUUAGGAGUUCGAAGAAAAGUCGAGACGAUUCUGCACAAAUAAAUACCUUCUUCCGAACAACUAAACGAUCUUCCAGUCUGGUGAUGGAUUCGAAACACUGUGAGGCAUCACCCAAUUCUCAUCGUCGAUCGAGAGUGCCCACGAGAAAAUCUGCUCCUGAU